CAACAAGGGCAACCCAAUCAAAACAAGAACCUCCUCCUUUUUCCAAUCUACCACAUUUUCAAUUCAAUGGCCCUCUUUGCUGCCAUCCCUGGAAAUCCCACCACUAUUGGCCUGAAAUCCCCAUCUAGAACCCCAUUUGGCCACCUCAAACUUGUUACUUUGAACAAUAUCAAGGCCACCAUGAAUAAUAUUCAUAAAUCCCAUUUUCCACCAUUGAAGUUGGGGGAAGAAUUAGUUGCCAUGAAGGCAAAAAAGGUUCUCGAAGCAUUAGAAGAAGCCAUCCCCUUGAAACACCCUGAGGAAAUCCACAAGGCCAUGAGAUACUCGGUUUUCUCUGGUGGAAAACGCUUGCGUCCAACUCUAUGCUUAGCUUCAUGUGAGCUAGUUGGAGGUGAUGAGAAUUCAGCGAUGCCAACAGCUUGUGCUGUGGAAAUGGUUCAGGCAAUGUCAUUGAUUUUAGAUGACCUCCCAUGCAUGGAUGACGAAGAUAUCAGGCGAGGAAAGCCCGCAACACACAAGGUGUUUGGUGAAGAGACUGCAAUUCUUGCUGCUAGUUCCCUUCUCUCCCUUUCCUUCCAGCAUAUAGCAGAAAGGAGUAUAGGAGUGCCUCUCGAUCGUGUGGUUGGUGCAAUUGUUGAGCUGGGUUCGGCCGUUGGCUCAUUAGGGGUUCUGGGAGGAGAACUAUUGGAUGUGCACUGCGAGGGAAAGGAAGUGAGCAUGGAAGAGUUAGAGAACAUUUGUGUCGCUAAAUCAUCAAAGCUCUUAGAGGCUUCUGUGGUUUGCGGGGCCAUAAUUGGAGGAGGGAAUGAAAUGGAGAUCCAAAGGUUGAGGAAGUAUGCUCGGCAUCUUGGGUUGGGGUGUCAGAUCUUGAACGACAUUCAAGAUAUCAUAAUGUCCACCGAGGAAUUGGGAAGGACAGCCGGGAAAGAUUUGGAGAACGACAAGGCAACUUAUACCAAGUUCAUGGGCAUUGAAGAAUCUAAGAGGUUCUCGCAGAAGCUUAUAGGUCAAGCAAUGGAGGAGAUUGCUCUCUUUGAUGCUUCAAAGGCUGCUCCUUUCACUUAUUGGGCUAAUUACUUUUUAACAGAACUAGCGUACUAAAAUCCUUGUUGUAGUUUUAAUUAUUUAUUAUUAUCUUUUGUUUCUCCAAUGGUGCUGUGGUAGUCCUGCAAACCCAUGCUAGCUUCUAUUAAAUUUGGCUAAUAUUAAAACAA